AUGUCUGACACUCUGUCACCACCAUUGAAUCGAGUUCCCUCGGGCGGAAGUACCGAUAGCAAAAUGGAACCAGUUAAAGACCGCCGCAGAAGAAGAGCCUCAAGCAUCAUAUCGCAUGUGGAACCGGAGACUCUGGAAGAAGAAAACGAUCAGCAAAUGCUGCCCAACAUGAACGCCUCUUGGGUCGACCAACGAGGCGCUUGGGCUGUCCAUGUAGUCAUAAUCAUGUUGCUCAAGGGUUUCUUCAACAUGCUCCCGGGAAUUACCAACGAGUGGUCCUGGACUAUCACGAACACCACCUACGUGAUAGGUUCUUACGUCAUGUUCCAUCUGGUCAAGGGUACGCCCUUCGACUUCAACGGCGGUGCUUACGAUAAUCUCACUAUGUGGGAACAAAUCAACGACGGCAUGCUAUACACUCCCAGCCGUAAAUUUCUGAUCCUGGUGCCCAUAGUCUUAUUCCUCGUCAGCACUCAUUACUCGCGUUACGAUUUACAACUAUUCUUGUGGAACUUCUCGCUCACCACAUUUGUUGCCGUGGUGCCCAAACUGCCCCUAACACACAGACUCAGAAUUACAAUUCCAUUUUUGACCGGCCCUGCCCAGAUAAAAUAA